UCAAUCUUGCCGACGGACGGAUACGGAAUGCAAAAUCGGAAGGAUUUUGAUGAUUUUGCACUCCCUUGAAAUUCUGAGACAACAUCGUGAACUUGGAUAUUAAUGUUAAUAUUUUAGCGGCCAAUGGUCUUUUGAAGGUUUGAUCGGUUGAUCGUUUGGUCGUUUGAGUCGGGCCUCUCUCUCUGCCUCUCUAAAAGAUCCAACGGUCCAACAGUCCGUCCACACACCCAGACCUCACUUCACCUUUAUUACCAUACUUCACUUUCACCAUACAGAUUAUUCACGGGACCGAUCGAGUUAACUCAAAAGGAAAAUCAAAACACAUCAAUUUCCAUUCCUCCACGGCUUUUUUCAUUUUCUUUUUUUCGAGAUAUCUUCAACCGGUGUCGGAUACCAUGAAAUACUAAUGAAUAUUUUAAUACUUUGAUACUUGAUACUUUGAUACCAUUCCAUUCCUUUCCUUUCCUUCCCGCCCGUCACGACACAUCCACCCAAUACACAGCUCACUCAUUCCGAUUGGAGAGACAAAGAUAUCGAUAUCUGGCCGGUUCUUUUAUCCUCAAAACCUCAAUCCUACCCCAUCUAUCUUAUCCUCCCUCGCUCCCCUUUAUCUUUGGGAGACAUCAUAUCAUGUCUGCACAAGAUUCAUCUGCUGGAGGUUAUUUUGAACAGGUAACUACUGUUAUCAGUUCUAUCGCAGGUUACCUUAAAUUUCCUGUCCUUGUGUCAUCGGUACAUUUUCUUUCACACAAUUCCAAUUUCAAUUUCAAUUCCAAUUCAUCUACAUCUACAUCUACAUCUACAUCUACAUCUACAUCUACAUCUACAUCUUUCUUGUGAAAAGGGAAAAAAAGAAAAACCUGGGAAAUAUUUGAUGGUCAAUUGUACCGCGCUUGUACUUACCCUUUUUUUUUAACAGGGUAUAACUUUUUAUUAAGUUCUCUUCUUUACUUCAAGCAAAAGUAUUCCCUCCUCCCCCUUAAUCCACUUUCCCAGCUUUUCUUUUUCCAUCAUCACACAUCACCAUACCACACACCACAUCACAUCGCCUACCCAAAACACAAACCACCCCCAACCAUGUUAUCAACCAAUAAAAUACUGAUCAACACGUUGUUUCAAUCUUUAGAUCCUUGAUUUAUCCAAGUUCCAUCCCAAAUGCCGCCCGCACCCAAGUCCCACGACCCUCACAAUUUGGCAUAUCGGAUUUCGAGGAGUUGAUGAUCCCUACGCCUGAUGGGGAAAAGCUUUCAGCAUUCUAUAUUCGAGCACCGCAGACGAGGAAGAGAAAGAAUGUCACAAUGCUCAUGUUUCAUGGCAAUGCCGGGAAUAUCGGUCAUCGAAUACCUAUCGCGAGACGAUUUAUAAACAUUGUGGGAUGUAGUGUCUUAAUGUUGGAGUACCGGGGUUAUGGUCUCUCAACUGGAUCACCGGAUGAGAAAGGUCUCAUGAUAGAUGCUCAGACUGGUUUUGACUAUCUUCGCAAAAGAGCAGAGACGAGGGAUAAUGAUAUUGUGAUCUAUGGACAGAGCCUUGGAGGUGCCGUAUCAAUACAAUUGGUGGCUAAGAAUCAAAACGACGAAAGAUUAGUGGGUCUAGUUUUGGAAAAUACUUUUCUCUCCAUGAGAAAGUUGAUACCAUCGUACGUUGUGUCCACUACACCACUUGAUCGAGCACUAAUGUUUCAAAGUGUCAUCCCACCAGCUAGAUAUCUCACUUAUCUAUGUCAUCAAGUCUGGGCAUCUGAUACAUACCUGCCUUCCAUUACCGAAGUCCCUAUCCUCUUUAUUAGCGGUCUCUUGGAUGAGAUUGUACCGUAUGUUUUCUUUCAUUUCUUCCUUUCAUACACAAUCCUCUAGAAUGAUGACCCAAUUUCCAUCCACAAAACAUGAUGUCCCUUCUGGGACCAGAUUACAAAUCACGAGAACUUUUUGUCUGACUACCUCAACACAACAUAUUAUUUUCAUAACCACAAAAUCACCAUAUACCCUUCCACUAACUCUUCAAAUCAUAGACCUAGCCACAUGCGCCGCCUCUUUGAGAUUUGUCAAUCCCCGACCAAAAUAUGGAAACCUCUUCCUGGUGGUGACCAUAAUUCCAGCGUCGUCGAAAUCGGGUAUUUUGAAGCCGUAGCGGAUUUUGUUCAGAAUCUAGACACCAAACACGGUUAAAAUGAUACCUACUACGGAAGGAAGAUCAACAUACCAAAGUUUCUGGUUUUCAGCACGCAAACUUGAUAUAGACAUUUGGCGGGGCGUUUUGUGGUGCAAUUAGAUUUAGAUUAAAUUCGACUAGAACAGCAUACAUAGUAUGGCUUUCAGCAUCCAGGCUACUUAAUUACUCCUUUUAAUCAAGCGAGAAUCGAGCCUAUUACUUACUUUACUUGAAGAGGGUCGAUGAAUUUUAGAUUUCUAUAUGUAUAUGAGCGAUGCAUGGAUGGAUGGGUGGGUGGAUGGAUAGAUGAAUGAACCAAUCCAGCUAUGGGAAAAUUUUAAAUUAGGAAGAGAGAGACAGAGCACGGUGGAGAUAUGGUAGGGGUAUCGCAGUAUCGCGGAGUGGAGGGGAGAAAGGCAGGAGAGGGGGAGAUAUCUGCAGGCAAUAAGUAAUAAGUAACAAAUAACAAGCAAGAUA